GAAUUGUAAGUGGGCGUUGUCACCAAUCCUGCAAGACAACUCCUUUAGCCACAGCAGCCAUUGAUAAGGGCCCCUUUGUAAACUAGGAUGGCUGAAGUAGAGGACGAGUUCUGUAAGACAUCAGAGAUUAAGGAGAUACUCUACAAAGUGUUGGUAGUGGGUAACUUUGGUGUAGGCAAGACUUCUGUCAUCAGAAGAUACACAUCAGGAAUUUUCUCACCUCAUUACAAGUUAACCAUUGGAGUUGACUUUGCUCUCAAGACCCUUAUAUGGGAUGAGCAUACAAAGAUUAACAUGCAGCUGUGGGACAUUGCUGGUCACGAGAGAUUUGGACACAUGACUAGAGUUUAUUAUAAAUAUGCAAUUGCUGCAAUAAUAGUCUUUGAUCUGACCAGGUUAGUUUGUGUAAUGUGUGGUAUUCACAGGUGUUGCUUGUGGGGCCUAUCAAUACUGAUAAUACUGAUAUUGUUUUUCCCUUUAUUUUAUUUUAGGCAACCAACAUUUGAUGCUGUUCAAAAGUGGCUAGAUGAUGUACGGCAGAAGGUUGUCUUAGAGAAUGACGAGCCAGUCCCUGUAUUGCUGUUAGCUAACAAAUGUGAUUUGGACAAUACUACUGCUCAGGUUGAUCAGUCUAAAUUAGAUCAGUAUUGCGAGGAUCAUAAUUUAAUAGGAUGGUUUCCAACAUCAGCCAAAGAUAACACUAAUAUUGAAGAGGCGAUGAGUUUUCUAAUAGAAAAGAUAAUGCAGAUAUCAAGUAUACAAAUCAGAGACUCGACUCCUUUCGAUGAUUUGAAUGAUAUUGAACAAACUGACACUGGUAAUGGUGUGAUAGGACUAGAGAGUAAUGGCAAUGGACAUUUAACUUCACACCAAAUUUCAAACCAAACCAAAGCUAAUUCCGGCUGUUGUGCAUAGCCUUUCUAUGUGUGCACAUGUACGUGUGUGAUGUGUGUGUGUGUAAUAUAUUUUGUACAGGGAAACGUGGAAUUUUUUAUAAUUAGAUUUGUGUUGUAAGAUCUAAAUUAAUACGUUGCAACACACAAAAAUGUAUCACUUUAUGUCUUAUAUUAUUAUUAUCGCAUUUUUAUUGUUAUUUUUUGCUGAUAGUUGUAUUGCUGUGAAGUUAUAAAUUAAUUUAUUAUUAUUUUUCAAAAAGAACAGUUACACACAGAA